CCUCCAUUUCAACAUCUGUCUUUCUCUCAGCUCACCCCAACACAAACGGAAGGGAGAGAAACAAACAAUAACGCCAAAGGAGAGAAUCUCUCAUCCUCCCAAUUUUCUCACCUCCCAAACACCAUUUUUCCAUAACAUUACUGUGUAUUAUACCUAGAAAUGUCUGAUGCGUAUUGCCCCGACUGCAAGCGCCAGACGGAGGUUGUGUCUGACCACUCGACAGGCGACACCGUAUGCUCCGAGUGUGGCCUAGUGCUGGAAACCCAUUCCAUCGACGAGACCUCGAAGUGGCGUACCUUCGCCAACGAGUCGGGCGAUAACGACCCGGUCCGUGUUGACGGCCCUACCAACCCCUUGUUGGCCGAUGGCGGGCUGUCCACUGUCAUAGCCAAGCCUAAUGGGGCUUCUGGUGAGUUCUUGUCUUCGUCAUUGGGUCGGUGGCAGAACCGUGGGUCUAAUCCGGAUCGGGGCUUGAUACUGGCCUUCAAAACCAUUGCUACCAUGUCUGAUAGGUUGGGCCUUGUUGCAACCAUCAAGGAUCGGGCUAAUGAGAUAUAUAAAAUGGUGGAAGAUCAGAAACUCUUAUAA